AUGGCCACCAACAUCUCUGGGUUUAUCACUAUCAAUUCUCUCAGCAUCCACUGCAGCCCAGUUCCCGCACCAGAUAGCGCUUCGACAACUUCCGACACACCAGUACCUCAGCUUGAGCCAGAGCCAAGACGGUCUCCACGCCUUGCUCGUGCCCGUGCCAACACCGAACCUUUCAUAUAUGAACAAAAUCCAAUCCCCGAAGAUACUUGGAUCAAACUUAGCACAGUACCAACCCACUUACGCUUCAUCCUCGAUCCAAGAUGUAAUCUCUGGGAUGUACGAGUCCAGUGUGACCUACUUCGCCAGCUGAUCCGGCAUUUUUCACCUCAUGUUUUUGUCCGUGUUCGCACAUCCAAGGCCGAAUAUGUCAGAAUCUUCUAUGAUAAUGUAGUUUCAGAAUUUGGGCAAUUUUAUGGGUACUGA